AUGGAAAAGACAUCCAACACCAUGAACGGGUCCUCUGACGCAAGCCAGUCACGAUUAGAACACCCAGAGAAGUCCUUCACUUCUCCCUCCCAAACCACCGCCGAGCGCCAGCCGCCUUCCAAGCAGUCCUCGGCCACAACAUCCCAAACUCCAUCACCAUUCAACUCGAGAGACACUUCGCCCACCCGUCAGCCUGCAAAGCCUCCUGCCGCCACUACUCCAAAGUCAUCCUCGGCUGCUGGCCUGAGGUCGCGCAGGAGCAGUCAACAGGACUUGACCACGGUUCGAACCCCCAGGUCCACCAGUAGCAUACCAGGCCCGCCGGUAUCGUCGAGGACCCUCUCCGCCGCCACAACCCCUACUCUCCUCCCGCACUCGCAAGAAUCCUUCCUCAAAUCUAUCAACCCCCAGAAGCUACCUCUCAACACUGAGGUCACUCAAGCAAGAGACAGCCCGCGCUGGCCUGUGUCGCCUCGCCUCCGUUCACCCCCUCCACAGCUCAACAAGCCGCAGCCCCCCCCACAAGCACGUCGAAUUGAGCAGGAGCCCCCAAGAAUAAAUCUCACCAAGGCCUCACCAACCCCUCCGGCUGAACCUUUUCCUUCCAUGUCCGAAAGCGAAACGGACGACUCGCAGCUUCAAUCCGGAGUGCGAACCCCAGUCACUGGCAGCGGAUCAACAUUGGAAACAGUGCAAGAAGUGAGCUUACCAAAUUCGCCGGGGCAGAUGGAUUCCACAUUGGAGAAGGUCAACGAAAAGCUGGCUCACGAGGCAGCCGCCAGUGCUGACAGCAUCACACACAUUGAUAAUCGAACUGUCCGGCUAAGCAGAGGAGCUCUGCAGCCUUUAGAAGGUACGGGGGACAGCGGCACAGUCAGAGUACGGUCACAAAGCUCAGCGCCCGUACCAACAGUUACGCGACAGUCCAGUGUCCUAUCAAACAAGCAGGGCAAGAGCAAGGCGACCGGUGAAGGAUCUACCCUCAUCGUCGAAACCGAGACAGUGUCCUCCAUCCCCCAGGUAGCAUUGGCGCCUGCUUCUAAAUUGGAAGUUGCCAACGGUACACUCAAGGCCAAACCAAGCUCAGAAACUAUUCGACCCAAGAAGGAGAAGAAGCGGACUAGCCGGAAGCAGCCGACUGUCAAUCCUGGUAAUGCAUCUUCAAAAGCCGAUAUUUUUGAGGCCAAAGUGGCCAGCGCCGUUGAUGAGGCGAACACAUCAGACUCUGAGGAGACGUUUGUCUAUGAUUCCAACCCCCCUGAUGUUGGCGACAGACGCCGAUAUCACUCCAGGACACCUAGCGCUACCUCGAUGAUUAGCCAAGCCGACAGAGCUGGCGCCUUGGGCAUGCGCUCAAUUCACGAGGCUCUACAAGGAAGUGCAGCAGCUGUUGGUUUAAAGAAAAGCAUGAAAUUUGUAAACACCUUUAACAGCAAUGGUGCAGACAGUCUAGGCGCCGACGAGGACGGAAAGGGCAGUGGCAGAAGUGUGGGAGUGGGCUCAGGAAGAGGCACCACAAGACACCACCAUCACAACCACUUUGGACGCUGGGGACGUCAGCCCGGAAACUCGCAUCCCUCACUUUUCGACAAUGAAUCCUUGUUCCCAAAUGCCGCGCGAUCUAAGCUAACGAUCAACAAUUCGAGGCAAUCGUCCGGUCCUCCUAGCCCCAGGACUGGGAGCUCAACCAGAGGCGGUCCCCAUGCUUUGGGCAAGCGGUCUUCCAUUCAGAUGGCUCGCUACGACGCCGAUGACACAACGACCACCGGGGCCGAUGAUGAGCGCACCCCAUUACUUACGUCUACGGUUCGGUCCUCGCGGAGGACUCGUCGCCACCCCGCAAACGCGCGCAACCUUGAAUCGCAGUCAUACAGGCAGCAGCCCUCUUAUUUGAAUCGGUUUGCUGCCUGUCUCGUAAUAACCAUGAUGUUACUCCUAGUUAUUACGGGCGCAAUCGGCUUCAUGUUCGCCACAUCUCAGCCACUGACGGAUAUCGAACUUGUAUCCAUCAAGAACGUUCUCGCCAGCGACCCUGAACUGAUGUUUGACAUUACGGUCAAAGCUCACAACCCCAAUAUUGUUGUGGUGUCAAUUGAUCAGGCAAACCUUGAGAUUUUUGCCAAGUCACCUCAUGCCGGUACCGACUUCGACUGGUGGAAGCGGCCUCAUGAGGGCAGUGAUCCGGAAGAUCCAGACAUGCACAUCCGAGAUGAUCCUCCAGAUGACCCGCCGGAUGACGACGCUGCUCCGAACAUGCGUCUGGGUACGAUUACUGAGUUUGACAGCCCACUUUCUUUCGAGGGGUCCUUCUUCAACAAGGGUGUAUCUGCAUCAACUGGUACCAUGCGGCUUCAUCUUCCAGGCAACCAUUCAGCAGGUGGCUCUGAGCGUUGGGGUCGGAUUAUCCAGGAUGAAUUCGACCUGAUCAUAAAAGGUGUGGUUCGUUAUGCCUUGCCUCUCAGCCAACGAGUACGUACCGCACCGAUAUCUGGGAGAACAACAGUCAAGCCCAAUUCUGCCAACGAUCCAUCUAUCCGACCCAACAUGACUCUGCCUGGAGACAUACCAGGCAUUGAGCCGUAG